AUGGAAAACUAACAUCCAUUCAUAGUACUUCUAUUAGGAGACUGUAAUACUGGGAAAUCAACAAUAGUAGGAAGAUAUUUAGAGAACAAAUUAGUUGAACCAUAACCAACAGUUGGAGUAGUUAAGAGAGAAAGUCAAAUAGAAAUUGGUAAUAGUAAUUAGAAAGCUUAAGUAAUUAGUUAUCUAAUUAGAUCUAUGAUACAUCUGGGAAUGAUAAAUUUCGAGCUUAAGUUUUAGCUGAAUUUAAGAAUUCAUCAGCAGUUGUAUUGGUUUAUGAUAUAACUGAUUAUUAAAGCUUUUAAAAUAUAUAGACAUUGCAGAAAGGUAUUUAGUAGAUUGAUUCUGAAUUAGAGGUGGCAAGAUAGAAUCCAAAUAUAGAUUAUUGGAUAGUUGUAGGAAAUAAGUUAGAUUUGAAAGAGUAAAGAAAAGUUCAUAUGGAGGAAGGAAAGAAGUUUGCUUCAUAGAUUGGAGCUAGAUUUAUUGAAUGUUCAGCUUAAUAACCAAGCAAUAUCAAUUUAAUAUUCUUAACUAUUUAACAAUGGACAUAGAUUAAUAUUUAACCGAAAUAUGUUCCAGAAUAAACUCAAAGAUUAUUAGAGAAAUUGAAUAAUGAUGAAUCAUAAAAGUAAUUAUUGACUUCUACUUCAAAAAAUAAUUAAACUAAAUUCAAAAAUAAGAAUACAAGUUUUUCAAUAAUUUAGAAUAAUACAAAUAAUAUAGUUUCAUAGUCAUUUGAUGAUUAAUAAAAUUCAUUUAAUGUAGAUAGCAUGUAAGAUUAUUUUGCAUAAUAAUAAAAGAAAGUAGAUUUAUAGACUUAAAAAGUAAAUUAAUGAUAUUAUUAAGUUAGCUGAUGUUAUUGUAGAGGAAACAUAAGAAAAUAUAAUUUAAUAAUUGAAAUAACAAACAUUGACAAUUUCAAAUUCUAAACCAUUAAUUAUUCUUGAAGAGACAAGUUCUUAAUAAUAAUAAGAGAGAAUUGAAGAUAAAAUAUCAAUGAUGAAAAGAAAACAUAAAUAAUUAGAUAAGUUAAGGAAAGAAAUAGCAUAAAAUUUAUUACUUGUUUAAGAAUAAAGGAAGAAGUUAACAACAGAUUAAGUUAUAGAGAACACUUAAACAUAAAAAUUAGAAAGAGAAUUACAAAAAAGAUUAUUGAGUGUUGAAAGAAAUAUGGAUUUCUUGAAAACUGAUAUCAUUUUAUCAUAAAAAACUUAGAAGUUUAGUACAAAUAAAAAUAAUUUUCUAUCAAAUGACUAAACAUAAAUUAUUAAAUAACAUAUUAAUUAAAUACAAAAUCCAGAACAUAUUAAAGAGUAGAAUGAAUAAAUAGCAAAAAUUAAAACUGAAAGAAAGAAAUUAGAAGAAUCAAGAAAUAAUAGAUAUAAAUAAUAUGUUGAUAAUUUAGAAUCUCUAUUAAAAUAAGAAAAAGAAAUUAGACUUAAAAAUGAAUAAGAUUUAAUUAAUAAGAGAAAAGAUAAAGCAAUGUAAAAAAUAGCAUCAAUGGAUAAAAUAAGAUAAGAGAGAUCAUAAUAAAUGAUAAAAUAAAAUGAAUAAGUUAAAUAAAUUAUAGGAACAACACCUUUACAUGUUAAAUUAGAAAAUGUAUUCUAAGAGAAGAUAAAUAAUUCAUAAUUAGAAGAACAUAAAUUAAAAUUGAAAUAAAUUAGAGAUCUACAUUAACCUAUUAGAAUGAAUGAAUUAAAAUAAUGGGAAGAAAAUUAUGAAAAAAGAAGAAAAUCAUAAGAGGAUAUAAGAAAUUAAAAAAUAUAAAAAAAUAAUCAAAUAUCUUAUCAUGCAUCAUAUGAAUCUUCUGUUUAUAAAUUAAUUAAAGAAGAAUAAUCUAAAUAAUUAAAAGAAAAAGAAUAAACACUUAAAGAGUAAUAAUCAAAACAAUAAGUUAAAUAGGAAUUUAUAAAUAAACUUAAAGAUUAUCUACCUUCUAUUAGUCCAGAGAAAUAAUAAGAAUUGGAAUAGAUAAUUAAUAAAGCACAUCAUAAAAUCAACUUUUAUGAAUUUAUAGAAAUGACUAAAAAAGUAAAAUUAAAAGGAGUAUUUUUUGAUAAAGAAGGAAAGAUAUUAGAAAGAAGUGUUGAUGUAAAAUUCUUAUAUACAUAAGAUAGGAAGAAUAUUAUGAGAAAAUAAAAGAAAAUGAAAAGAAUGAAGAAUAAAAUGCUAGAGUUAUAGGAAAUAAAUAUUUAAAUGAUAUUAGAAAGAUUGUCAAAAAACCUAGUUAACAUUAAAGUGUUGAUAAUUUAUAAAGUUAAUCUAAUCCAGAAUAAGGUUAUUAAUAAGCAGUUAGAAAUCCAAAAUAAAAUAAAUUAAAUGAAAUUAAAUCUCAUUGGAAAUUAAAACCUAAAUUAACUUUUGAAGAAACUGAUCUUGAAAAAAUUAUUGAUGGAAAUGAAGGUAUUAUUUUUUUUAAUAUUAAAGUUACUGGAUUUUCAAAUCAUCAUGUAAUGCAAGAGGCAAAUAAAUUAGCAUCUGAAGCAGUUAGAAAAAUGUAGAUUAUUGAAGCUAAGGGAAAAGGGAAAGAAUGUUUUAAAGAUAUAGAAUCAGCAGAUAAAUUAUUAAUUAAUUCCAUCAAGGUUUAUAUUAGAAAUUAUAUUAUUUAUUAGGCUAAGCUUACUUUAAUGGAGAAAGAACUAAAGUCUGAAAAUAGAGGAUAAGAAAUAUCUACUAAUUAGAAAAGAGGAAGAAGUAAUACUAAAUAGAAUUCCUGA